AUGGAUGAAAUUCUUUAUUUCUAUGAUGAGGAAGAGGUAUCUAAUAUAAAUUUAUCUUAAGAAUACUUUUUAAGGUUUGGAUACACUUAAACAGAUGGGAAAUGUAAAGUAAGUAUGUAAGGGAUUCCUCAAAAAUUAAUAUCAAAUUUUAUCAGGUAUUUUUGUUGAUUAAUUGGUUUAGAGAAUGGAAAUGUUUACUAUUUAGAACUUGGAAAAUCAUUUUAUAAGAUUCCUACAUGGAAUAGUAAAGUGAAACAAAUUGCAACAAAUUAAUCAGUUACUUUAUUAUUAACAUAUUCAGGAUAGUUAUUUGGAUUUGGAGAGGAUAAAUUAUAAUUAGGUACAAUAUAUAAUAAAUUAGGUUUGUUGGGGAAUGAAAAAUGCUAUAGUUCAUUAAGUCCAAUAAAGAUUGGUAACGAUUACAAGAGUAUAUCAUUAUCCUCUAACAUUGUAUGUAUUUUAGAUUACAAAGGAUAAGCUUGGAUAUGGGGUAAUUCACCUUUGGGUAGGAGUGAUGUUCCAAUAAGUAUAGAUGGAAGUUUCAUAAAGAUUUGUGCUGCAAAAGAUUAUGUGAUUUUUACUGAUCAACAGGCUUAAGUUUAGGUGUUGAGUGAGAUAUUUAAAUUUUCAAAUGAAUACUUCACUUGUUAAAAUAUGUGGAUAAUAAGAAAAGCAGAAUAGAUAGACUCAAACUAUUUAAUAAUUAAUGAGAUUAUACCAAAUGAUAGAUAUUCGAUCUUAUUAUCAAGUAAUAUUCAAUUUAUAAAUAGAUAAAAAUCAAAUGUUUUUAUUGAUUAAUAAUAACGGAAAAUAUAUUGAAAGGAGAUUGGCAAUCAAUAUUAGAAUCUCUAACUUAUAAUAAACUGACUAUUACAUAUAUUUUUUUACUGAGGAAGGUAGAUUAAUCAAAAUUGAUAAGGCAAAUCUUUAUACAAAUGAAAAUAAUGAAUUAUAAGAAAUUAAUGAAUAAAUAAGAUUUCAAUUAUCAGAAUCUGAAAUAAAACAUUUAAGUUCAAUCUAACCUAUAUUUGCAACUAAAUAUUCAUUUAAUAUACCAGCCUUCAUUGUUGACAAAAGAAGAUUUAAUGAAGGAAUAUCAGUUUUAAGACAAUAAUAUAUUGAUAUAGAAAUCAAAGCUAAUCUAAAAUCAAAAGAAAGCAAAUUAUCAUUUAUUAAACAAAUAUCACCAAUUAAAAGUUCAUAAUAAUUAUUCUCAUCUCGUAUUAUUAGUAAAUCUAUAACAUCUUAAAUACAAAGAUUUUAUUAUUCACCAUAAUAACAUGAUAAGAUGCAAAACUAUCAAACUCCAAAAUAAAGAGUUCCAACAACUUCAGCUAAGUAUGUACAAACAUUUCUCUCAUAAAAUACUCAAAAUUCCAUAAGCAAAUCCUAUAUAUAAGAUUUAAAGAGUGAUUAAAUUUCUACAAUAAAGAAAGCUAAUUUGAUUAGAUUACUCAUUUAAGACAUUCAAAAAUCAAUUAAUAAAGUUGAAAAUUUAAAGUAAAUACCAGUUGAUAUGAGAGAUCGUAUUCAUUCAAGAAGAAGUAGUUCUGUUAAUUUAGAUCAAGUUUAAUCCAUGAUUGUUGAAUUAGGAAAUUCAUAAUUAAGAAAUAACAGUCAAGAAAAAACGAAUAAAUUAAAUAAUUCAUUUAAUAGUAGAGUUUCAUAACAUGAUAAUAAAAAUACAAAUGCUAGUUCACUUUUUCAAUCUGAUUAGGAAUUAAUUGAUGAAUUAAGAUCUUCAGAACCACUUGAUAUGAUAGAAGAAGAAUAUUUAGAAUAUGAUGAAGAAACAGACUAAGUUAAAAGAGUCUUUAUAAGAAGACCUAUUGAUUAAGAUUAUGAAUAUGGCAAUAAUCUUAAAUAAGAUAUGGGUGAUGGUAAAAUAUUAGUAUCUAGAAAAUUGGUCAAUGUUAAAAAUGAAGUAGAAUGGAAUCUUUAAAAAAAUGGUGAAUUAAUUAAAGUCAAUAAUCAACAAGAACCAUAAAAAUAUAUUUAAGAAGAAAUUCUAAUUGAAAAUCCUAAAACUGGUUAAAUGACUAGAAAAAUAAUUAGAAUACCUUUUAAUGAUUAAUAUGUUAAAUUAAGUGAAGGAUUAAAUGAGAUUAAUUCUUAAGGAUAAAGAAUUAUUGGUCGUAGAAUUGUUGUAAAUAAAUACUCAACUGAAUAAUUAAUUUAGGAAGGAUGGAUUAAUAAAGAAUCAAAAUUAGAAAGAAUACUUGGAAAUAGAGAACCAAAUAAAUAUGUUGAAGAAGAAAUAUUAGAAGUAAAUCCAUAAUCAGGUUAAAUACAAAGAAAAAUUAUUAGAAGGAAAUAUGACAAAAAUAGAAAAUUAGAAUUAGGAUAAAAGUUAGUUUCAAGUAGGAUUGUAGAUAAUCUAUAAUCAUCUAAAUAAUUAGUAUAAGAUGGAUGGGAGUGAAAUUUCAAUUUAGGAACAGUAUAGAAAUAUAUUUAAAAUGAAUUGAUAUCUUUUAUAUUGAAGAAGAAAUCUUAAUUGUAUCUUAAAAGAAACAAGAUAGAAAAUUAAUUAGAAAAAUCUCUUUUGAUGAAUAAUCUAUAUAUAAAGUUUAGUAAGAAUUUGGAGAAAAUUUGUAUGAAAUUCAAAUAUAAGGAAUUAGAACAAUUGCUAGAAGAAUAAUUAAGGGUGAAAAACAUAUAGAUAAAGAUUGGAAAUAUUAUUCAGAUAAACAAUAUUGGGAAAAAGUAAUUAUUUAAGGAGAGUCAUGUAAAUAUGUAUAAGAAACUAUUGUUGAAAUAGAUUUUGACAAUUUUUAAUAGACAAAAAAAUAAAUCAGAUAAGAUUUAAAAGAAGACGAAAAAAGUUUGAUUUUAGGAGAUCAUUUAGAUGAAAAAUAAUUUGAUGGAAAUCAGAUUAUUUCUAGAGAAGUAGGUGAUAAUAUUGAAUCAACAAUUUAUCUCAAAGAAUAAGGAUGGAUUCAAAAUAAGAGUGGAUAACUAUAAAAAAUUAUAUCUAUUGAUUAAAUUAUAGAUUUUUAUGAGGAAGAAAUAUUAAUUCAAAAUUUAUCAGCAGGUAAAUAACAAAGAAAAUUAAUUCGAAGACCUAUUAUUAUAUAAGAUGGAGAAUAAUGUAAAUUAGGAGAUGAUUUAAAAGAAAAAAUAUCUUAGAAUUAAGUUGUAGUUAGUAGAAGAAUAAUUAAAAAUGAUCAUAAUCUUGAAAAUUGGAAGAAAAAUGAAAUUACUAAAUAUUUAGAGAAAAUAUUAAUUUAAAAUGAACCAAUUGAAUUUAUUGAAGAAGAAGUACUAACAUUUAAUCAAUAAUCUGGAACUAUAAUUAGAUAAAUUAUAAAAAGACCAUCUAUCAAUAAAGAUUAAAUAUAAUUUGGUUAUUUGAAAGAAGUUGAUAAGGAUGGUAAUAUAAUAGUUAAGCGUACGAUUGUACCUAAUUUAAAAUUACUUGGUUCUGAUUGGAUUAGAGGAUCAAUGGGAUCAUAUAGAUUAACUAUAGCUGAAGAACCAGAGGAAUACGUUGAGGAAGAAAUUAUUGUAAUUAAAAACGGGAUAUAAGAGAGAAAAAUAAUAAGAAGACCAUUUAAUUAAGAAGAUUUUAAAAAAAAUUAUGGUGAUGAUAUCAAUGAUAAUAAUAUAAAUGGAGAAUAAAUAGUUGCACGAAGAAUUGUUGGAAACGAUCAAUCUAAAGAAUAAUUAGAUUAAUAAGGGUGGAAAUUAAAUGAAAAUGGAAAUUUAGAAAUCAAGUAGAUUGAACCUAAUUAACAUCUUAUUGAAGAGGUCCUAUGUUUUAAUAAAGAAACUGGUAAUUAUGAGAGGAAAAUGAUUAGAAGAUAAAUGACUAAAUAAGAUGAGUAAUUAAAUUUUGGAGAAAAUUUAACUGAAGUAGAUAGGAAAGGUAAUAAAAUAGUAUCAAGAUAAAUUAUUUAAAAUGUUUAAUCACUAAAUAAAUAGAAAGAAGAAGGAUGGAUUGAAAAAAAUGGAAAUUAUUAGAAAAUCAUUAAUAUUUAAGAACCUGAAAAAUAUAUAGAAGAAGAAAUACUAAUAUAAAGGAAUGGAAUCUAGGAAAGAAAACUUAUUAGUAGACCAUACAAUAAUUAAUAAGUAAAUAUAGGAGUUAACCUAAAUGAAGAUCAUAAUGGAAUCAAAAUAGUGUCUAGGAGAGUUGUUUCUAAUGAUUAAUCAUCUUCCUAAUUAUAAAAUGAAAAAUGGUUUCGGAAUAAUAAAGGUCAUUUAGAAUUACAAAUAACAAAAUCUGAACCUUAGCAAUAUGUUGAAGAGGAAGUUUUAGCCUAUAAUUAAAAAACUGGAUAAAUGGAAAGAAAAAUAAUUCGUAGAUAAUUUAAUCAAUAUAAAGAUAAUAAAUUAUAAAUUGGUGUUGAAUUAAAUGAAGUUGAUUCUAAUGGAAACAAAAUAUUAUCCAGAUAAAUUGUUGAUAAUACUAAAUCAUUUAAAUCAAAUUAAUAGGAUGAAUGGAUUUCUCAAAAUAAUGGAACUCAAAUUAAAUUAAUUUCAUCCAAUGAACCUGAAGCUUAUAUAGUAGAAGAAAUUCUUAUUGUAAAUCAGAAAACUGGAAAGUAAGAAAGAAAACUUAUUAGAAAACCUUAUAAUCAAGAAGAUCUUAAUAUUGGAGAAUCAAUAAAUGAAAUAAAUGAUGGAUAAAGAACUGUUGCUAGAAGAAUAGUAUAAAAUAAUCAAUCAAUUUAUGAAUAAAAAAAUUGUUAAUAAUAAAAAGGAGAAGAUAUUUAAGAGAUUAUUCUGACUGAAGAGCCUACUUAAUAUAUCGAGGAAGAAAUACUAAUUCAAGAUUAAAAUGGUUAGAUUAUUAGAUAAAAACUUAGAAAGCCAUAUGAUCCAAAAAAAAUUAUAUAAACUGGAAAUGUUCAUGAAUAACUUAAAAAUGGAACUAUUGUAGUUAAUAGAAAAAUAAUAGAUAAUAAUUUUUCUUAGGCUGAAUUAAAUAAUUGGAAAUCUGGUACAAAGGAGUAAUUAGUUUAAAUUAUUAACUAAAAUGAACCAGAACGUUAUAUUGAAUAAGAAGUUUUAAUAAUAAAUCCUAAAAGUGGAAAAUAAGUAAGAAAGUUAAUAAGGAAACCUUUUAUAAAUCAAAAUUAAGCUAUUGGAGAUGAUUUAAAUGAAUCAAUAGAUUCUAAUAUGAAAGUAGUCUCAAGACGAAUAGUUUCGAAUGAUUAUUGUUCAGAUGAUUGGAAAUUUAAUAAUGGACAAUUUGAAAAAGUCUUAAAUAAUAAUGAACCAAUAAAAUAUCUGGAAGAAGAAGUUCUUAUUAAAAAUAAUUAGACAGGAUUAUUGGAAAGAAAAUUAAUUAGAAAACCAUACUAGAAAGACUAAAAAUUAGGAGAUAAAUUAAAUGAGUAAAAAGAUGGUGUGAUUAUUUUAAGUAGAAAGGUUGUUGAUAAUAAAUCAAAGUAAGGAUGGGAAUAAAAGGGAUAAAAUCUAGAGAAGAUCUUAAAUGAUAAUGAAGUAGAAGAGUACAUAGAAGAUGAAAUCAUCAUUCAAAAUAAAAAAACAUGCAAAUAGGAAAGGAAAUUAAUUAGAAGAAAUGUAAAUGAUCCUCCUCCUAAAGAAGGUAUUAUUGUUUCAAGUAAGAGAGUUUAAAAUACAGAGACGAUUGAUUAAUAAAAAUAAUCAGGUUGGAUUUAAUAAAAUGGUUAAAUUGUUAAAAUAAUUACAAAGAAUGAACCAACUAAAAUGAUUAUAGAAGAAGUUUUAUAAUACAAUGAUGAAACCGGUUUAAUGGAAAGAAAAUUAAUAAAACGACCAUAUGAUCCCAAUAAUAAAAAGUAAGAAAUAUAGAAUGGAACUGUAUUAUCAAGAAAAAUUAUAGAUAAUUUGGAGGCUUUAGAUUAAGGAUAAUAAUGGGUUUUAAAAAAUGGCCAAUAUGAAUAGAUUUUGUGUGAUAAUGAAUAUGAAUAAUUUGUAGAGGAAGAAAUAAUAAUCAUUAAUUAAAAAACUGGGAAAUAAGAAAGAAAAUUAAUAAGAAGACCUUUAAAAAAUGAUGAAGAUUUAGAUAUUGGAGAGUCUUUAAAUGAAUCAAUUGGGAAUGGGAAGAAAAUAUUAGCUAGAAGGAUCAUUUAAAAUAAUCAAGUUAGUGAAGAACUUUAGUAAUGGAAGAAAUAUGGUGAAAUAAUGGAAUAAUAAUUAGCUUCUGAUGAACCUACUAAAUAUAUUGAAGAAGAAAUUCUUGUACUUAAUCCAGAAACUAAAUAAUUAGAGAGAGUUCUUGUAAGAAAGUAAUAUUAACCAUGUGAAGUUGGGCAAGUUAGUGAAAUAGAUAAAGAUGGUAAUAAAAUAGUUUCAAGAAAGAUUGUUGAUAAUGUAGAGUCUUCAAAAAAUGGAUGGUCAAAAGUUAAGGGAGUUUUCAAGAAAGUUGUUGCUGUUGAACCAGUUAAAUAUAUUGAAGAAGAAGUUUUAAUUAUAAAUUAGAAGACAGGAAAGCAAGAAAGAAAACUUAUUAGAAGACCAUUGAAUGAGAGAUAAGAUCCUGGAGAACUGGGAGAUUCUUUGAAUAUUUCUACUGAAGAAGGAUAUAGAAUUAUCUCUAGAAAAAUUCAAGAUAAUAAUUUAGCUAAAGAGGCUACUUAAGAAUGGAUUGAAGUUAAUGGUGUCUAAAUUAAACAGAUUGGAGUUGAACCAAUUAAAUUUAUUGAAGAAGAAGUUUUGAUUUUAAAUGCAGAGACUGGUAUGAUGGAAAAAAAGAUAAUUAAAAAACUAUAUAAUCCUUAAGUUAAACUUGGAAAUAAUCUAAAUAUAUAGGAUAAUCAAGGAAAUCUAGUACUAUCAAGGAAGGUUGUUGAAAAUAAUUAAUCAACAUCAAAAUCAAAAUGGAAAUAAGGACAAUCUGAAAUCUUGAUUUAAAAAGAGCCUGCUCAAUAUAUUGAAGAAGAGAUCAUAGUUAUGAAUCCAGAUAAUGGACAGCAGGAAGGAAAAAUAAUUAGAAAGCCAUAUUAUGGUUAAGAUAUUGAAUUUGGAGAUGAAUUAGAUGAAGAAGUAUCUAAAAACUAGCAUGUUUUGGCAAGAAGAAUUGUAAAUAAUGAUCAAUCUCUUGAGCAAUUAAAAUAGUGGAAAAAGUAAGGGGAUGAGUUGGUUAGGACACUUACCUCUAACGAACCAACUCAGUAAAUUGAGGAAGAAGUAUUUGUUCGCAAUCCAGAAACUGGAAUGAUGGAAAGAAAAAUAAUUAGAAGAGAUUAGAAUUCAUCACCUUAAUAUGAUAAAAUAAUUUCAAGAAAGGUUGUGGAUAAUAGAAAAUCUUCUUUUGUUCUAAGUAAGUAGGGAUGGAAAUAAUCUAAUCUUGGAGCAUUUGAAGUGGUUUUGGGUGAAGAACCACAAUAAUAAAUUGAAGAAUAGAUAAUACAAGUGAAUCCUAAGACUGGUAAAUAGGAAAGAAAAUUGAUUAGAAAACCAUAUUUUGGUUAAGAUAUUGAGGUAAGUGAUGAAUUGAAUGAAUCUAUAUGUGGAGGCUAGAGAAUAGUAGCCAGAAGGAUAGUUGAUAAUGAUGCUUAGAUAGACUGGGAGAAGAAGAAUAAUUAAUAUGAAUUGAAAAUUGGAAACACAGAACCAUCUAAAUUUAUAGAGGAGGAAGUAGUUUGUUUUAAUUCUUAGACCGGAAUGUUGGAGACAAAACUAAUUAGAAAACCAUAUUAGAAGAAUGUUAAAUUAGGAAGUAAAUUGAAUGAAGAGACAAAUGAUGGUGUAGUUUUAUACAGGCAGGUAAUUGAUAAUUUUGAAUCAAUAAAAAAAUAAGAAGAAUGGCAAAAAGGGUAAAAUGGUAUUAUGAUGAAAAUAAUCUCAUCAAGAUAGCCUGAUUAAUUUAUCGAAGAAGAAGUGAUAACUGUCAAGAAUGGAAAAUAGGAAAGAAAGAUAGUUAGAAAACCUAUAUUAUAUGACUAAUAAGUAGUAGAAUCUGAUGAUCUGAAUUAAGACAUAGGAAAUGGAUAAAGAGUACUUUCUAGGAAAAUUGUCAAAGGAAAAGAAGGUAACGAUUUUGAAUUGAAAAAUGGGGUUUUGGAAAAAUAAAUAUCUAGGAAUGAACCAACAAAAUUUAUUGAAGAAGAGGUUCUGGCUUUUAAUUAAGAAACAGGAAUGAUGGAUAGAAAAUUAAUAAGAAGACCAUUUUCAGAAAGACAAAGAUAGUUUGAUGAAGAUGGCAAUAAAAUAUUAUCAUCAAAAGUGAUUGAUAAUAAUAAAUCAUUAAAUUCUUAGUAAGAAUGGAAUAAUCAUUAAAAUGGAUAAUAAGAAAUAAUAAUAUCUAUUGAACCAAAUUAAUUUUAUGAAGAAGAAGUUUUCAUAUUAAAAGAUGGAAAGGCUGAAAGAAAAUUGAUAAGAAAGCCUCUAAUGGACAAUAACUGA